AUGCUCCUGGUGUCCUUCUUCUUCGCCUACUGCCUGGCCCAGAAAUGCCGGUCCUGCGUCUACCUCUCGGAAGCCGGGAUGUCCUUGCUGGUGGGCUUUCUCGGAGGAGGCCUCAUAGAGCUGCUGGUGCGCGAGGAUGCCAGCGACCGCUUCGCGGAGAAGGAGCUGCGCCAGACCGUGGUGGGCUUCUCCUCUACGGUGCUGCUCUGCGUUUUGCUGCCCCCCAUCAUUUUCGACUCCGGCUUCCGCAUGCGCGGCGCCUUUUUCUGGGCCAACAUUGACAAGAUCGCGGUGCUGGCAUUCGCUGGCACCUUGAUCUCUUCCCUCAUCGUGGGCUUCAUGUUGGUCGCCGUGUCGGGGCUGUUGCCCUUCGCCCCCGACGAUCCGGAUGGGCCUGGCACCAUUACGCUGCCGGAGGCCCUGACCUUUGGGGCCUUGAUCUCGGCCACCGACCCGGUGACCACGCUGGCCAUCUUCGAGCAGCUGCAGGUGGACCCUCACCUGUUCAACGUGGUCUUCGGUGAGAGCGUUCUCAACGAUGCGGUUUCCAUCGUGCUCUUCCACUCGUUCUCCAAGUCGAUCGGCGUUAAGGACAAGACCGCCUUGGCCAGCGUCUUCCGAAUGCUGAUGGACUUCGUGGUGAUUUUCGCGGGCUCGGCCUUGAUCGGUGCUGCCCUGGGCUGCUUUUCGGCCCUUCUAUUCAAGCACUCGGAGCUGCCAAGCCACACGGAGCAGCACGGGCCGAAGCUGGAGCUGGCCAUCUUCCUGGUCUUCUGUUACGCGCCCUUCGUGCUGGCCGAGGGUGCGGGAUUCAGCGGCAUCGUGGCCAUUCUCUUCACGGGGCUCACCAUGAAGCGGUACACCUUCUACAACCUCUCGGAUUUAGCGCGGCAGACGGUGUCUACCAUGGUAUCGCUGAUGGCGAGCUGUGCCGAGACCCUCAUCUUCAUCGACCUGGGCACUUCUGCCUGGGGCAGCCUGCAGGCAGAUGCCUGGCUGGUGGCCUGGGUGCUGUGCUCCUGCCUCUUGGGCCGGGCGGUGAACGUGUACUCCGCCGGCUGGGCGCUGAACUCCCUGGAGCCGAGCUACCCGCGACGUCGCUUUGAGGUGAACGACAUGCAUAUGGUGUGGUUCGCGGGGCUGCGGGGCGCCAUCGCCUUCGCCUUGUCCAGCCAGUUCCCGGGGCCGCACCGCAGGUGCGCCAUGGCGCUGACCAUGUGGGUGGUGCUGAUCUCGGUGUGGGUGCUCGGGGGCUUCACGGCCCCGGUGCUGCAGGCGCUGCGGAUCCGGCGCUGCGAGGCAGAGCAGCUGAAGCAGCUGGAGCUCACCUUGGAGCCGGCAGUGAAGCGCUUGGCGAUCGUGCGCUGGGACCGGCAGUACUUGAGCCCUUGGCUCCUGCGACAAUCCGUUCAAUCUCCGCCCAGCUCGCCUGUCCACCGGCAAGGGGAGGGCUCAGCCGCGGAAGACGAUGUGCGAACAGUGCGGAUCACCCCCUAUGCUACUUGUGCACCACAAGCAGAGCUUCAAGACUUCUCGCAGCCAGGAGCGCGUGCCCUGCUGACAGCUGAGAUAAGCGAGGACCCGGAGUAG